AAAAACAGAGAUUUAGUAAAAGAAAUAGAAGAAACAUAUGCUAUGGAGGUAGCACCAACCUUAAAUAUGAGUAAAGAAGAAUUCUACCAAAUGCAAGAUUUCAAAAGACAAAUAAUAAUGCAAAAAUUAAUAGAAUCCAUAGAAUAUUGCCAAGAACUAGCGGUAAGAGAACAAAUGCAACAAAAAUAUCGAGAACUAUUGGGAGUGGAAUUAGAAUCACUAGGACAAAUGCAUGAUACAGAAGACAUAGAAAAUGAAAUGUUUAAAGAACAACAAGAAAAAAGACAAAAACCAAAACCUGAAAUAUUCCCACCAUCAAAACCAUAUCAUGAAUAUUAUAAACCACAUAAAGACGACUUUCCAAGAAAUCCACCACCAAUAAUACUGAUAUCACCAACAGACUCCACUAAAAGUAAUAAUGAAGAUGAAGAAGACCAAUGGAUCUUAAAAGACAGAUAUAGUGAAAAUAGAACAAAAUCAUGGAUAAAACAACAAGAACAACAUUCAAGACUAAAACAUGAAAGUCUAUAUGGAGAUCAAGACCAUAGAGAAGAAAUGAUAACAACACACAAAAGAACUAGAUCAUAUGACUCAAAUAUAUCGUACCCAACAUCAGAUAACCCAAGACUAACAGAAUGGAGAAAACAAAAUAAGGUACGAAGAGAACUUUAUGAAAAACAACAAAGAGAGGAAAUAACAUCUGAAGAUGAAAGAGAAAUGGAUAAAGUGGAACAAGAAAUAGAAAAUGAAGGACUAAAUCGACCAAUAAGAUAUCAACAACAACAAAGAAUAUAUUAUCAAAAUGAAGCAGGAUCAUCAACAGAUUAUACUCCAAAUUACACUCCAUAUGAAUCAGACUAUACUAAACAUUAA